AUGGAGACCACCGGCUUUACCGAGGAGCAACUGACUGUUCGAGAAGCCGUGGGCGCCGUGUGUUCCAAGUUUCCCAACACAUAUUGGCAGGAGCGCGACCAGACGGGGACUGAUCCCAAGGACUUUCAUGCUGCACUCGCGAAAGAUGGGUGGCUGGGCAUUGCUCUUCCGGAAGCUUUUGGUGGUUCUGGCCUCGGUAUUUCCGAGGCGACCAUGAUGAUGCAAACCAUUGCCGAAUCUGGCGCAGGUAUGGCUGGUGCACAAGCAAUCCACGCGAAUGUGUAUGCGACGCAACCACUCGCGAAGUAUGGGACGAAGGAGCAGUUGCAAAAUACCAUUCCAAAGAUCAUCAGUGGCGAGUUCCGGACUUGUUUUGGUGUCACAGAACCCAAUUCAGGACUCGACACUUUGAGAUUGAGCACGACAGCAAGAAAGCAAGAUGAUGGAACUUACAGUAUCACCGGACAAAAGAUUUGGAUAACAUGCGCUCAAGUUGCGGACCGCAUGAUACUGUUGGCACGGACUAAGGCUCGUGAAGAAGCCGAAAAACCGUCCAAAGCGUUGAGCAUGUUUUGUAUACCCAUCGACAAAUCGGCACCAGGUUUGGACAUGCGCAUGAUCAAGAAGAUGGGUGGGCGUGGCGUGGAUGCUAAUGAGGUGUUCUUUGACAAUUACAAAAUCUCUGCCGACUGUCUGAUUGGUAAAGAAGGCGACGGUUUCAAGAUCAUUCUGCACGGCAUGAAUGCAGAGCGAUGUCUGCUUGCGGGAGAAGCUCUAGGCUUGGGGUAUGCAGCAUUGGCCAAAGCGAGCGCCUAUGCGAGAGAUCGCAAAGUCUUUGAGCGACCGAUCGGCAUGAACCAAGGCAUCGCGCAUCCUCUGGCAGAUGCAUACAUGCGCCUCGAAGCUGCUAAAUUGGCGACCUAUCACGCAGCAAAGUUAUACGACUCGAGCAAAACCGACCAAACGAUUCGGCAAGAUGCAAUAGGCGUAGCAGCAAACAGCGCGAAGUAUCUUGCAGCAGAAGCAGCAUUCACGGCAUGCGAGCGAGCAGUCCUUGCACAUGGUGGCAUGGGAUACGCUCAGGAAUACGACGUGGAGAGAUGGUUCAGGGAAUGUCUGGUACCAAGGAUUGCGCCAGUAAGUAGAGAAAUGAUUUUGAACUACAUAGGUGAAAAGGUGCUUGAGCUUCCCAGAAGCUAUUAA